GCAAGGAGGGAGGAAACCAUAUUGAAGCUGCAGAUUAAGCAGAGUAUGAAAUGUGCAACAGUUGCUCAGUGAAGAGAGUGAGAGUGGAUUGAGAACAAAGACUCCACUUGCAACGGUGAGAAGGAGGCCACUUCGCUAUGGAUGACCCGAAUGAUGAGAAGACCCAAGGAAGUGUCCCUGCUGCACAGGACCCACCACCCUACUCUGACGAACAGCCCUACAAUGUCUCUGUUCUGAAGCAACCACCUCAUGAUGGGCCAGCAAACCCGGCCACGAUGCCGCAGUACCAGCCCCUCAUCCAACCACAGCAGCACAACAUUGUCAUUGUCCCUGUUCAACCCACCAAUGAACCAGAUUACCUGGGAUAUUCCAUCUUCACCAUGCUUUGUUGUUGCCUGCCUCUGGGAAUCGCAGCCCUGGUUUACUCGAUACGGACACGAGAUGCCAACCGUGCAGGGAAUGGUGCUGAAGCUCGGAAGAAGUCCAAGAUGGCGCAGAUCUUAGCCCACAUGUCACUUUGCAUGGGGAUUGUGUUCAUCAUUGUAUACAUUGUCUUGAAUGUGAUAAUAAUUAGAAGAUAUUAGCAUUGUUGAGGACACUCACAAAGUGUUUGUCUGCUAAAGCAUUUCCCCUUUCCCCCUUGUUAAUUAAAAGUUUGCUUUUAAUUGUGACCAUUACAAAAAUGUUAUUCCAAGUCUGACUCUAUAUUGAUGUUAAAUGAAGAGAUUUCAUGUAAUUAAAAGAGACAUUGGGGAUGUACCAUCAAUAGGCAAUGACUUUGUAAGGUAAAAUGUAAGCACACUUGACAUAUUCGCCAGAAUAUUUUGUGGCCUUGUGGUACGUAAUUUGAGUGUUGCAAGGCGGUUCAUCAGCUUGUGACCAGUUAUUGUUACAG